AUGACUUCAUUAGAGCUUAAUCAAUUCCAGCUUUUCGCUCUUGCUGUGCUUUCCUCACCGAUGCUUUCCUCACCGAUGAUGUUGUCGUUUACGACAAUAUUUUCCCUGCUUGGAGUCGUGUUGAUGAUUGUUGGACUCUCUUUUGACAAUUGGAUCGAAUAUCAGGUAGAUCGAAAGGGAAUCAUCAAGAAAUUCACGACCGAUCAAGAUCUCAAUAUUCGAUUGAAAGAUGCUUUUGUUGGGAACAAGUUGUACUACUCGAGAAAUUACGGACUUUUCAAUGUUUGCUUUGGAGAAACUAUGCCAAAUGGCAUUAACAGCUACAACAAAUUGGGAGUGAACUGCAUUAAUUAUAAUGAUUAUCUCCCUUCCGAUGCUGAGCUCAGCACGUACACUCAACCUCAAAACGUGCGCCUUUGGUUGAUGAGGGGUUUGGUGUGUUCAUUUGCUCUUGGAAUGAUCCUUCUCUUCAUCUCAUUUGCUGUCGGAAUCACCGCCUGUUGGACAAGAAGUCAACGAUAUGUGCGCAGCACAGCUUACAUCAUGCUUUUCUCAAUGCUCUUCGUUUACAUCGGUCUCGGCUUGUGGCACUACGUUGAUUUCAUCGAGCGCAAUCAACUCGACAUGAUGCCAUUCUACAGAGCCUGGGAAACUACUCUCAAGAAUUACACUCAAAUCAGCUACGGUUGGACGCUGGUUUUGGCGUGGAUUGGCGCCGGCUUUCUCACUUUGGCCACCGUUUGCAUGUUCCUUUCGGCGUGGGCUUUGAAGAGAGAAGACAACAAGGCUUUUGAAGCGAAACACGGUGGAUACGCUUUAUCGAGUUAUUACCCUGAUAUGAAGACUGGAACGAUCAUGCCUUCUUACAACUACAACACCUAUGGUUACGGACAACAAUACCCCGGCUAUUACCCGCAAUACAACAACAAUCAAUACUAUGGAUAUAUGACCUAUGGACGU